UAGAUUACUGGAGCUUACUAUCAUUUUGGUGUUAAGUUUCGUCGAAAGCUGCUUAAACAGGCUUCAGGUCUCAGGUUUCCGCAUUUGGAUUUCAUUAUCAUCUCGUCAGUAAAGAAAGGCGGACGAAGUUAGGUCUUCGCCAGUUCCGAUCUGCCGCUGAGUGGAGCCAUGGAAAAUUUGUCGACUCAACAUCAGGACUGAUUUUCACUUUUCGUUUUUUCCUGUUACUGUGACACCGUGUUGGCAACGGAUCAGACAUAGAAGGUGCGCGUCCCACUGCAGUAAUUGGCGGAGAACGGAUCAAUCGGGUGAACAUAUGUACCGAGUCAUGGAGCGCACGUAUGGCUUGAUUGUGCUUUUGGCCGUUCUCUGUGGAAACGCCUGGUCAGCGUCGCACGGUUUGCCUCCGGGGCCCAGUCCCCGGGAAGCGGAACUGCUCAAUAACAACUUUUUUCGGCGACUCCGGGAAAUGAUCAUGGAACGGGCCUACGAGGAUGCAUUCAAUGAGGUUCCGGAAGACGCGCCUCAGCCACUGAAACCAGUCGACACGUCACAUCUCGACAGUCCACCGAGGCCACGAGCAGUGGAGAACUGGCCAAUGAUGACGCACGAAUUCGGUCAGGUGACAGCCGUUUCGGUGAACCGUGAAGGCAACCCGGUCAUCUUUCACCGUGGUCAUCGCGUUUGGAAUGCAGAAAGCUUCAACGAUACCAACUACUUCCAACAGAUCGCGGACGGUCCCAUUGAAGAUAGUACGAUUUUAACACUCAGUGCCGCUACGGGAGAGGUAAUCGACGAAAGUGGCAGUGGCAUAUUCUACAUGCCGCACGGAAUGACGAUCGAUAAAAAUGGGAACAUGUGGCUAACGGAUGUCGCAUUGCAUCAGGCUUUCAAAUUCAUGCCAGGUCACGACUAUCCCAGCAUAACGAUUGGUCGACGGUUUGAGCCCGGUUCUUCGCGGAGUCACCUGUGCAAGCCAACGGCAACGGCGGUAGCUACGACCGGGGAAGUGUUCAUCGCCGAUGGAUACUGCAAUAGUCGUCUGUUGAAAUUCAAUGCCGCCGGACGACUAAUCAGAGUGAUUCCUCAACCACCGGAGUUCUUGUCCCUACAGGUCCCACACGGACUAACACUUCUGGAGCACCUAGACCUAAUCUGCAUCGCCGAUAGGGAAAAUAUGCGAGUUGUUUGCCCUAAGGCUGGCCUUAGGUCAUCUUUCGGAGAGGGAACUCAAGCGGCAACAAUUCAGGAACCGGAUCUUGGCCAUGUAUACGAUGUUGCCGCUUACGGUGAUCUGGUGUAUGCUGUGAAUGGUCCUACGGCCGACAUGAUUCCAGUGCGGGGAUUUACUAUCGAUCCACGAUCGGAGACUAUCAUCGACCACUGGGGCAAGUUCGAUAAUCCGCACUCGAUCGCGUUCUGUCCCAACGGGUCCGCCAUGUAUGUGACCGAAACUGGACCAAACAAGGUGUGGAAGUUCGAGCUAGUGUAAGAAGCAAGACCACACAUAAACAUACUGUUGAACCCAUACUGAUGUGAAUGAAUUAUAAUGUUUAUAGAAAUAAUUACAAUGGUAACAAAAGAAGUGUAUAUCUUACUCGUAUGAGCUGUCUACACAAUUGAUACAAUAUUCUUACAAAAAAUUUAUAUCCAGCCAGAUUUAGAAGUGUACCAAUAGAGUCAUCAAAAGUUGGCGAAGUAAAGCAGACAGAUAGAGUUGCAAUUCCAGCCGCAUGUUAAAACUUUCGUUGUUGUAAAACGUUUUGGGGGUCAUCAUUAUCUCAGUAUUUCUGUUUGUAUUGCUCUUAGUGUCAACUCGAUUUAUAAAAUCGAUCAUGUUCUUGAGCGCUUAGUUUAUCCCAUGUACAUUUAGCAAUCAAAACAAUGAUAGCGGAUUGGUAAAAAUCCACAUUAGACAUACUAUGGUGAUUCGUAUAGAGGGUGUUGGAACAGGUCACAUGUAACCGCACCCGCAGAGUAAAUCACAAUAUCAAAAUGAAUCUAGAAUGCUGCGUCAGUGGCGCUGGUGUGUAAUAAACAUUUAUACGUAGUAUGAA